AUGCCGCAACCUACUGGCUUUACCCAUUGGUGUUACCGUUGUAACCUUCGCUUUGCAGGCCAAGGCCAGCUACCUAUUUGUCCUUGCUGCAAUGACAGAUUCAUAAUUCGACUAUCAGACCAGGAAGCCAACUACUACAACCGGUAUUUCGAGCCACGAGUUAGAGCUUUGACUUCCGAUAAUGGCGAUAGAAGAAGGAGAUCAAGACUGGAGGUUGCUAUUGACACUUUCAUGCGAAAUGUUAUGGGUUCUCCAGACCCUGCAGACAUGCGCCUGCAUAUCGGUCCUGCACCCUUCUCUCUGGAUCGUAAUCAUGACAAUAACAAUACUAAUGGAUCAAAUACUAGUAAUGAUCAAGAGCCUCUUACUAUUGGAUAUGUUGUUCAGACGAUAUUAAUGAAUCGUAUUAUUAGUGCUGCUUAUCCUCCAGCACCUCAAACGGCUAUUGAUGCAAUGCCGACUAGUAGGAUAACCAGCAAACAUCUCGAAGGUGACAAGUACUCCCAUUGUCCGGUCUGUAAAGAGCCAUUUGAGUUGGGGGUAGAGAUACACAAUACUUGUCCUGUAUGUCGAUAUGAGCUUCACGAAACUGGCGGAUGUCCAGCUGGGACUCUGAGGGGAACUAACACUUCUAAGCAUGUUGAUCUGACACCAUCUUCUAAGAGUUCCUCAUUUGGUGAAUUAUCUUUAUGGAUCGUUUAUGGGUUAAACGGUUUCUAUUUAGGUUAA